CUUUGUUUCAGGCAAGAUGAAUAUAGUGAACAAAAUACAGACUAGACAACAGACUGCAAAAAUCCAAAAAGCUGUGUAGGACCCAAAUGCCGACGCGACAUUAACAAAGUACCUGGUUAUAAGAAACGUAAAAACAAAGCAUAUAAAAACAAAAAUAGUCGAUGCUUUGGCUUUUAUUUCUUGAGAAAAUAUUUCCCCGGUUAUUAUCCAAGUAACGGGGCCUAGUCCAAUGCUGAAGCUGACCAUGUAAGCAAGCAUGGAAAAUAUUGGCAGCCAGCCCAAAUUACUGACGUCACUUUUUGCUGCGUCUUUCAGAAAAAACCUAUUGAUAAAUUAUCCACUUACAAGACAUAUUGCUGUCCCGGUGCAGGAGACAAUCAACAAGAUUCUGCGCCCCAGUCUGUCAAUAACAAGCGGGUUGCAACAAGUCCCUGAAAAUUGA